GUUAUAAAGACAAGCCAAGGCGCUGUGGAAAUAUCCGAGCUUCUUUCUUCUCCGCACCACUCCACACCACCUGCCGCUUGCUGGGCACAAUCUCAAACAGGUCCAUGGAGGUUGCAACGGCAGCACUGGGCACCCUGAUCCCCAAGCUCGGCCAGCUCCUCCAGGAUGAGUACAACCUGCAGCAGGGCGUCAAGAAGGACAUCAAGUUCCUUUCAAGUUAGCUGGAGAGUAUGCAUGCUGCCCUCCGCAGUGUUGGCGAGGUUCCACGAGAGGAACUCAAAGAGCAGGUCAAGAUCUGGGCGCGCGAUGUCAGGGAGCUGUCCUACGACAUGGAGGACAUCGUCGACACCUUCCUAGUGCGCGUCAAGGGCCCUAAGCCCCCUAGCAAAAGGAGUGCCAAGAGGUUCUUGAAGAAGAUGAUGGGUAUUGUCACAAAGGCUACAACUCGCCAUGAGAUCGGGCAAGAGAUCAAGGACAUCAAGGAGCGUGUCAAGGAGGUGGCCGAGCGACGCGAUAGGUACAAGGUUGAUGCUAUUAAACCUGGCAAAAUAUUGGUUGACCCUCGCAUAACAGCUCUAUACACUAAGGCUACAGAUCUUGUUGGCAUUGAUGAGGCAAGAGAAGAACUAAUCACGAGGUUGACAAAGGGAGAUGACAUGUCUGCACAGCAGCAAAGGGUAGUAUCUAUAGUUGGUUUUGGAGGAUUAGGCAAGACAACACUUGCCAAAGCUGUGUAUGACCAGAUCAGAGUGCAAUUUGAUUGCACGGCUUUUGUUUCAGUCUCUCAGAAUCCUGACUUGAACAAACUUCUCAAGAAUAUGUUGUAUGAACUUGAUAAGCAGAAACAUGCCAACAUUCAUAGCACAAUGUUGGAAGAAAAGCAUCUCAUCGACCUAGCCCGGGAAUUCCUCGAAAAUAAAAGGUACCUCAUUGUCAUCGAUGAUAUAUGGGAUAUAAAACCGUGGGGGAUAUUACAGUGUUCCCUACUUGAGAAUAGCCUGAAAAGCAUAAUAAUCACAACUACUCGCAUACUUGAUGUUGCUGAGCAAAUUGGCGGUUGCUAUAAGCUCAAACCUCUAUCUCAUGAGAGCUCAAAAAAGCUAUUCCAUGGAAGAAUAUUCGGCUCCGAAGGCAAAUGCCCUGGACAAUAUUUUGAGGUAUCUGAAAAGAUUUUGAAGAAAUGUGGAGGUGUGCCAUUGGCUAUCAUUACUACAUCUAGCUUGCUAGCUAACAAAUCAGGAGAUAUAAAAGAGUGGAAUGAUGUCUGUGGCUCUAUUGGGUUCGGACUUGCAAGCAAUCCUAGUAUGGAUAGUAUGAGGAAGAUAUUGUUGCUUAGUUAUUAUGAUCUACCUUCUCAUUUGAAGGCAUGCUUAUUAUAUCUUACUAUAUUUCCUGAAGAUUAUGAGAUUGAGAAAGAACGGUUGAUAUUGAGGUGGAUAGCUGAGGAUUUUGUCCAUUGUAAAGAUGAGAGUCAAAGUUUAUUUGAGCUUGGAGAGAGUUACUUCAAUGAGCUUCUAAAUAGAAGCCUGAUUCAGGUAGCAGAUAAGGAUUACACUGAUAAUUUCUUUAUACCUUGCCGUGUGCAUGAUAUGGUACUUGAACUCAUUUGCUCCUUGUCAAGAGAAGAAAGUUUUGUUACCACGGUAUUAGGAGAUAGUAGGCAAAGCAUGCCUUCUUCUGGAAGCACGGUUCGCAGGUUAUCUCUCCAGAAUACAACUUGGCCUAAACUGGAAAUGUCAAAAUUGAGGUCUGUUACUAUCUUCAGUCUCACUAUAACUAAUAUGAUGCCAUCCCUUUCGUGUUGUCAUCUUCUACGUGUGUUGGAUCUAGAAGAUUGCAAUCUCAAGGAACAUCCAAGUUUGAGGUUUGUUGUGAAUUUAUUUCACUUAAGGUAUCUAAGUCUAGCAGGUACUGGAUAUUCUGGUGAGCUGCCAGUGGAGGUAGCGAAGCUACAGUUUUUGGAGACAUUGCGCUUACAUGGAACAGGAAUAGAAGAACUACCGUCAAGUAUUGUAGGCCUAACACAGUUGAUGUUCCUAUCUGUUGGCAACCGUACAAGUCUGCCGAAUGGGUUGAGGUACCUAACAUCCCUAGAAAUGCUAGGGGUUGACGGGCUGGAAUCUGCGUGCACUGCGGAAGAGCUAGGCCAUUUGACGCAACUGAGGAACCUUUCAGUGGGUCUCACAACAGGCAAGGAAGGCAGAUGGGAUGAAAACAUGUGUGCAGCUUUGGUGGGGUCUCUUGGGAAAUUGCACAAAAUCCAAUCUCUUACGGUAUGCACAGAGGCGGGCUGGAAUCUGAAUGGCUCGGUGGAGUCCCUGGGCAACCUGAGCUAUCUAUAUAUUGAUGAAACCACUUCCUUGCCAACAUGGAUUCGCCCCGCAAUAUUAUUGCAUCUCUCAUCCCUAGUGAUAGUGGUGGUUCAAGUGAGAAGGGAGGACAUCCAAGUCCUCGGGAGGCUCCAGGCUCUUAGUUAUCUUAAUUUAAGUGUGUCCGGCAACAUACAAGUGCUGGAAAGGUUCAUUGUUAGCCCUGACUCUUUCCCAUGUGCAAUAAGAUGUAGAUUCGAUCACUUGUCAAUGCUUCCAUCUACCUUCCCACCUGGAGCUAUGCCUAGACUUGAAGAUUUUAGAUUUGGCAUCCAAGUGGAGGAUUUCUCGCGAGGUGAAUUUACUACUGACGACCUGGCUUUAGGCCACCUGCCCUCCCUUCGACAUGUGAAUGUUGGCCUUUAUGGAGAGUGGGAAGUCAGCCAAGAGGUGGUAACCAAAGUGGAAGAGAAGCUAAGGCACGAGGCUGAUGUCCACCCCAACCACCCCUCCCUUUAUGUUUCGUGCUUAUUAUGAUCGUUUCAGCUGAAAUCUUAUACCAAUAAUAAUGUACGUACAUGCUCCUGUUUUCUUCUCUGCUACUUGUGUUGUCUGUCCAAUAAUGAGUAUGGUACUAUAGAAUUGAACCUUAUUCUAGUUGCAUGGCAUUUCAAUUCGAAUCUUGCCAUGGUAUUUAUUUAUUUGGCAUGUUUGUGUUACGGUAGUAGCUUCUUCUAGUUGUAAACUAGUUUCAUGGUGUCAGUACGUGCGUACUCAUUAACAAACUAGAAAAUACUGGUUAUUCACGACCAUGACUGGUAAUUAUAUUGGACAACAUUGAUUACCUUAUA